UCUAAUGGUGGUUUGGACAAGUAUGGAUCAACUGCACAAUUCAACACCAUUGAUCCAGAACAACAAGACAAGACACAAAGCAUUGGAAGCCGUGCRCGUAGRGUUUCUAAUUUGAUUCAAAGCCGUCCACUCCCAGCUGUUCCAAUUAACAAGAGAUUCUCCAAAAGUUUGGAUAAGUUCAGGUUUUUUAAUACCCUGCCUGUCAUUAAAACACAAGACACYCCCAAGGRYGGGCUCCUUUUUAGGGAGCCUCCUUACACCAAUUUGGUCAAGUCUGCAAGUUAUGGAUCUAAUCUUCACAGAUCUGUUAACAACAAUAAUAAUAAUAUAUGUUUGCCAGUAAUGGUGGAUCAACCAGCUCUUUUUGCUACAAGGAAAAGCUCAUUUGAUGUUCAUACUAAAGUGACUGGCAAUAAUUUAAGUCACCGCAAAUCAAAGUCUCUUGAUACACUUACUCUUUUGAAAGGAAUUGAUUUUAAUGUUACAAAUGUUGAUAUAUACCAUUCCUAUGAAAGUGUGCAUAAUAGGGAUGCAGAAUAUGCAAGRGUGUCAGACAGCCAACCCAAUUCGCCAACUAUAUCUGAUUAUACACCGCAGCACAGCCCAARUAAACUCAAGACUCCUACAUAUAAGCAUAAUGCUGAUUGCGAGAGUAUAUAUGCAAGUUUAAGCCAUGAGGACUUGCAYCAAGUCUCCCAAGAGACUGAAGCUAAUAAUAUUGCUUAUGAUUCAAGUACGUUGUCYUCAGUAUCAAGCGAUGCAACUUCACCUUACGCUAGUGUUCGGAUAAGUCAGAUUCCAGGWUUAAGUUAUGAUCACUGRGAUCAUGAUGACAUUUACACCACCAAAACACCAGAGAACUCUGGAGAAAGCUUUGAAACUGCAACUCCUGAGAAUUCAGGGUCUUCUGGAGUUGAACUCAAGCCUACUAUGAACUCUGCUCGUUCAAGUACUCAUACWUACAUAGAACUUUUCCCUGAYCAAGCAAYCAGGGACAGUGUGAUAUCAGAAACUAGUUCUGGUUACGCCAGACCAGUUGAUGURAUGGAGUCUGUUUUGAAGACAAAAGAACAUCAGAAUGAAAAGGAUGAGAAGAAAAAAAGAAACAGUUUAUCUGAUAUGGAGAUCCCAGUAGAGGAUAAUGUAACUUUUGAAAAGACAGACUUAAAUAAAGAGGUAUACGAUAACCCAGUGAACAUCUCUGAUAAUACGGAGGACAGUUGUCAUCAAGAUAGUAUACAAGACGGCAUCAACCUUGACGAUAGUAUGGAUGGAGUGCAUGUUAAUAUCAGGCCUCUGUUAAAGAGGAAUGAUAGUGAACACAGUGAAUAUGAGAUCUAAUAAUGAUACCUUGAUUGCAUACAGUGUAAGCUUUAUUAAUAUGAAAUGCUAAGAAAAGCACAUUGCCAUAACGUUACACUUUAUACAUGGAAAGCAAUGUAAAUCCUAACCCAAGUGCUUUUAAAAGAAGCAACCUUUUUUGCUCUAUUUUCAUAAUGUACUUCAUAAGACACACAGCUACUUAUCAUAGUGAGUUUAGCACUCUAAAAACCAAUGACAGAUCCAAGGAAUUGCCUUGUUCAACCGUCAACUUCUACUUGAUAAUUUUUUAAUAAGGGGGUUCUUUAAAAGGUAUUAGGAUGGGUAACGUUCUGUCCAUAUAGCAAGUACGUAAUGUGAUUCUUAACACCUUUAUUGCUUAUAAUAUAAUAUGUCAAAGAAUUUACAAGAUCUUUCUGAUCAAACUGCAACUAUAACAAGAUGUAUAUAAUAUGGUAAAUCAUUCCUUAAGUCAGAUGGAAAAAGUCUAAUGUAUUCCUGCAUACUUCACAAGAAAAAAAUAUCCCAAACCACUAAAUACAUGUUUAUAGAGAUUUUCACCAGACUUAUAAAAGACUAGUUUCUGCUAAUGUGACCAAUAUGUUAACAGCCUACUGGAAAGAGCUACAACAUAGUUGUGCCAAUAUAUGCAUUGUAUUAGUAAAGUAUCUGUUGAACAGUCUGCAAGUCUCUUGAAAAUCACUAUUCAAAACCUUGGUUGGAAAACUUAAAACACAUUUAGUAUUGCGUCGGCACUAAUGUUUGUAGGGAUGUACAAUAUAAUAACCCAAAAAAGCACUGCAAAGUUAGUAUUUUUAUAGUUUAAAGCACAUCGUCCUUAGUGCUGGACACAACUGGACACUUAUUGUGCACCUUAGUUUUGACAGCAUUCUCUGGUAGAGUGUAUUAUACAUAUAUAUAGACGCUGUAUAUGGCUGGUCCAUAACACUAGUCAUGUUGUAUAUUGUACUGUUGAUACUAGGUAUGGCAUGUGCUUAAUUUGUGUGGUAUUUAUCUUGUUAAAUACAAGGCUUUGGUAAAUUUGAUACAAGUUAAUGCUAAUCACAUCAGAAUUUGAAAAUACAUUUGUAAAUAUAUUCUAGUACUAACAAUCAUGAUAAUAAACUGUUGUAAAGUUUAAUUAAUCUUUGAUUAGUGUGAUAUAGUUCAUAAAUAAAUCUCAAGUGGUUUAA